AUGGAUACCAACACUACAAUAAGUGACCUUCAAUUGGUAGAUGAGUCCCUCUAUAUUGUGUCCUUAUUGCCCACAGCCGAUGAACCAGGGAUACACAUAAAAUCUCCGAAAAUCUCAAUUUCCAUUCCAAGUAUUGAUGUAGAAAAAAGGAAAAAUACUGACAGAGAAGGAAACAUUUAUACAGAUCUAAUCUCUGCAAUUAUGGAUCUGCGGUCAAGUAUUUGCAUUACAUUUCUGUUUGGAAUAAACCUACUAUUGGUUGUCAAGGUAUUGGGUCAAGAAGGUUGCCUGGCAACAAAGAUAGAAAAAGUAGAUAGAUGUCCUCAGACAAAACAUGACUGGGAUUUGGAAUCAAAAAAGAAGCUUUGUCCAAGCAUGCGUUUACCAUGCCUAAAGCACAAUUUUGAAUAUCAUUGCCUGGCCAAUACUUGGCUUAACGAAACCUACUCCAUCUGCGCAAUACCAGAUAAUAUUCUUGGUAAUCACUGUGCUGAAUACAAUAUAAAGGGAAAGUUAGUGCAGCCAAAUUAUUAUACAGAUUGUAGAAACUUCUCUAUACCAUGUCCAAUCAAGUAUCUCUCAACACUAGCUUAUAAAUAUCAGGAGUGUUACAAAUUGGUUAACAAGACAAGUCCUCAAAAAGAAACGUCAGAUUUCCUUAGAAAAACAAAAGGACACAAAGAUCCUAGCAGCCAAAACAAAGGUCCAAAGUAUGUUGAAUUUCGAGUCAUUUAA